CCGAGUAAUGUCAGCAAAGUUAGCGCGGACUUUUACAGAGUUAAAUUUAAUAUUAAGUUAAAUAAAGAAGGCGUGGUCAAUUAAAAGCAAAUUAUUAUUAUUUAUCUGCAGAGAAGAGUCGGAUCCUUUUCUUUCUUGUACAUUUAGUACACUAACAGGUGCUAAGUUCUGCUAAUAAAGUAAAGAAACCUUUUUGUAACAUUUGAUUUUUCAUGUUGCGGACCCUAACUUGGGUAUUAAACCCGAUGAUCAUUUAAAUUUUAAAAUGAUCGUCUAGGCUCUGUCAGUCCUGUGUUUUGCUGUAACUCCCCCACUGCUCGUGUUCCUUCAAUAAGACACCUAACAUUGUUCUUCCUUUGUUGGUUGAGUCUGGCUCGCGAGACUAUAUCACAAAGUUGGAUAUUUCUUUCAAGACUUUAGUCACUACUAGAGCGGUUGACUAUAGCUUCUAGAGAUGCCGGGAUUGACUGGACACUAUAUGAUUAUCAAAAUGUCAAAAAGACGCCGGGAAGUAGUUUGGAAGGCUCUUAAGAUGUGUAAGAUGCGGACAAAGCUGUCAAGUCAGUUGAAGAGCUCCAAGGAGGAAGCAAAGAGAUCAAGAAAAGAAAAUGAGGAAAAUGAGCGUAUUUGUGACCUCUCUGAUGGAGAUGAUAAUCCUCCGUGUGAGCACUUGAUUCAAUCUUACAUGGAUUAUAAUAGCGUUGUUGUAUCUAAGACUGAUAGUUACCCUCACUUCAUGCCUAUGUGUGGCUUGGGCAGUAAUAUGGGACAAAAUAAUGACGAUCACUGCUGGCUGUCUUCUGAUGAUGCAGAUAAAUCUGAGACUGUACCGGCCAGUGCUUACUAUAUAAAGCCAAAUGGAAUGGAACUGUGCGUGUGACAUGUUUAUUCCAAAUGAAGACUUUCGUGAUAUGGCGAGACUUUUACUCAACUUCUACAGACUCAGCGGCACUCCUGGCUCCCACAUGAUAUACUGAAAUAUCAUGAUAUCACUUAAUUGACACUUAUGAUUAUAACUUUAGCAUUAUAAUUAUUAAUUUUAUUCAAUAGCGUUAACCAGAAGUCUAUUUAGCCUCAUAGUUUAUAUUAUUGAUAUUCUUAUUCUGCUGCAGCUAUUUAUACUAUUAUACUC